UCUCUGCAGUGCUGCCAAGGAGAGGCAGCACCAUGCUGGGCCCCCACCUCCAACCCCCGGUCCUUGGACCCAGCGAAGGCAGACCUACCCCUUGUGCCUUCCGGAUCCCUGAUGGGAGCUACAGGUGUCUGGCCUUGGAAGCUGAGGAGAGUGGCGGCGAGGAGGGCCUGCAGGGAGAGGCAGGGCUCAUGGACUUGGAGAAGGACAGGAUGGUCAGCAGGAGUGGGGACAACUCAGCCUGCAGAGACACCCAAGGAGCACCAAAGCUGCCCAAAGCCCUGGGCAUCCAGCCACCCAGCUGCUCCAGGGAGCCACGAAGGGGGCCCCAGCAUGAUGACAGGGCCAGCCAGGACUGGGACGUGGUGAAGGCCCAGCAGGUGAUGACAGCCAGCUCUGUAUCCAGGAUUCCCCAGAAACCAGCAUUGAGCCGGAGCACUAGCUUCACCGAGAAGGAUCUGAAAGAAGCCAAGGCUCGGAGCCAGCAGAUCGCAGCCCAGCUGACCACCCCUCCCAGCUCCAACUCCCGCGGUGUCCAGCUCUUCAACAGGCGCCGGCAGAGGGUGAACGAGUUUACCUUGGAGAGCCACGGCCAGAGGGGACAGAAGCCCAGCCAGGAGUCCCCCAGAGUGCCCUCUGCCAGCCCCACAGGCCAUGACCUGGGACUCGGCCUGAGUCCUACCUCGCUCCCCGAGCCAGGCCCUCCAAGGAACCCCGACUGCCAGAGCCCUGACAUAGGGGUCCCUAGUCACAGCAUGGAGGGGUGCUCAGAGGAAGCCAGCUUGCUGCGGCACCUGGAGAAGGUGGCCAGUGAGGAGGAAGAGGUACCAUUGGUGGUUUAUUUAAAGGAGAAUGCAGCCCUGCUAACGGCCAAUGGGCUCCACCUGUCCCAGAACCGAGAAGCCCAGCAGAGCCCACCAACCCCGCCCCCAGCUGAGGUCCACAGCCCAGCUGCAGAUGUCAACCAAAACCUUCCCUCAGCCAGUGCCACCCUCAUCACACCAGCUUCUAACAGCAACCACAACCUGCCAGCCACAGAUGUCAAUCAGAACCCACCGGCAGCUGUCACCCCUCAGAGCCUGCCGCUUUCUAACGUCCAACAGAAUUCUUCAGAGGCACAACUCCCAGCAAACGGCACCGUGCCAGAUUCCAAACCCAGCACCCUGUGUGCUGCUGGGCAACCCCAGGAGCCGGCUGCGGAGGUGAGAUCCAGCACACUCCUGAUUGAUAAGGUAUCAGCUCUACCUACCACCAUCUUCUCUAGAGAAGCCGCUCCCACCUCCAACUUCGGGCCUCCGGCCCCAGAUUUCACAUCUAGCUCCCUGCUCACUGAUGUCCAGCCCAGCGCCCCAGUGGUGUCAGCAGAACAAGAAACGUCUGGCCCAGCAGCCGCCACCACACCCACCAAGCUGUACAGCGAGGUGCAUCUAACGCUGGCCAAACCCCCAUCCGUGGUCAACAGGACAGCCAGGCCCUUUGGGAUCCAGGCAUCAGAGAGCACCAACCAGAUGGAGCGGAGCCCCAUGGUAGAGAGACGACAUCUCGGGGGGAAGGCCCCAGCUCCCCAGCUCCACAGCAUGGCAGACAGGAGCCCUCGGCCACAGAGACAUGUAAUGUCCCACAGCCCCAUGGUGGAGAGGAGGCCCGUGGCACAGCGAAGCCCAGCCUUGGAGAGACGCCCCUUGGGGAACUUCACCCCACCCCCCACCUAUGCUGAGACCCUGUCCACAGCUCCCCUGGCUUCCCGGGUUAGGUCUCCCCCCUCUUACUCUGCCCUGUACCCCAGCUCUGACCUCAAGCCUUCCCAUCUGAAAGGUCAGGCAGUUCCUGCCAGCAAGACGGGCAUUCUGGAGGAGUCGAUGGCCCGGAGGGGCAACCGGAAAUCCAUGUUCACCUUUGUGGAGAAGCCCAAGGUGACCCCGAAUCCAGACCUGCUGGAUCUGGUGCAGACAGCUGAUGAGAAGCGGAGGCAGAGGGACCAGGGGGAGGCCGGCGUGGAGGAGGAGCCCUUCGCGCUGGGGGCUGAGGCCUCCAACUUCCAGCAGGAGCCGGUGGCCCGGGACAGGGCCAGCCCCGCUGCGGCCGAGGACGUCCUCCCUGAGUGGGCCUCCUGCCUCAAGUCCCCGCGCAUCCAGGCCAAGCCAAAGCCCAAACCCAACCAGAACCUGUCUGAGGCCUCUGGGAAGGGGGCCGAGCUCUAUGCCCGCCGCCAGUCCCGCAUGGAGAAGUAUGUCAUCGAGUCUUCGGGCCAUGCUGAACUGGCCCGCUGCCCUUCACCCACUAUGUCCUUGCCUUCGUCCUGGAAAUACUCCACGAAUGCCCCUGGCAGCCUCCGAGUGGCAUCUCGAAGCCCAGCUCGAACACCACCUGCCUCCCUCUACCACGGCUACCUGCCCGAGGACGGGGUCCUGCGCCCAGAGCCCACCAAGCAGCCACAGCCACCGUACCAGCUGCGGCCCUCGCUCUUUGUCCUCUCUCCCAUCAAGGAACCUACCAAGGCCUCUCCAAGAGCCGCCUCACCUGCCAAGCCAAGUUCCCUGGACCUGGUACCCAGCCUACCCAAGACAACCCUCCCUCGGUCACCCGCCCUGCCUCGGCCCACCCGCUCCUCACCAGGCCUCUACACGGCCCCUGGCCAGGACGGCCUCCAGCCCACUGCUGUGAGCCCUACCUACAGCAGGGAUAUCUCCCCUGUGUCUCCCUCCAGGGCCUGGUCUCCCCGAGCCAAGCAGGCCCCCAGGCCCUCCUUCUCCACCCGGAAUGCCGGGAUCGAGGCUCAGGUGUGGAAGCCUUCCUUCUGCUUCAAGUAACGGACCCCACCGGGAUCCCACUGCUUGUCAGGGCCCCGUCUCCGAGGGCAGGAUGGAGAGCAGAUGUGGCAGGAAGUGGCACAGGGCUGAGAGUCAGGAGUUUGGGGACUCAGGGCUUAAGGGCUGACGCUGCCACCAGCUAGCUUUGUGACACUGAGCAGAUCACCACCCCUCUCUGAGUUGCAGCUGCCCGUCCCCUACCACAAGGGUGGUUGAACUCCAUCCAUGUCUGGGGGAUCUGGUCUGCUACUCGGAGGGGAGGAGGGUCAUGAAGAGAGAACUCCCUUGGCAGGCCCUAACGAGCCUGGGGGUUCCUUUGGCCUUUGUGAACUACAGGGAAGCCAGCGUCUUGCUGGAGAAUGGCCUAGAAGGGGGCCCAAUCAGGGGCUUCUGGAGCAAACCGAGCCUGCCAGUGCCUAUGGAACCAGACAGCCAAGGGGCUGCCUCCUCAGCUGCCCAGUGGGGCCACCCUCAUUGUGGCCUCGGCUCGUGGCAUCUUUCUGCCUGUCGCUGGAUUCUCACCUCCACAGGUCUCUCUCUUCCACCUCUGCCUUCUGGACACCGUUUCCUCUCCACUACUUUAGAGAGCUUUGCCUUGGCCUCCAUAUUUUCUCCUCUCCUGGGUUCUUCUGCAGGAUGAGGACUUAGCCCACCACUGCUGUCUGACGCUUUUCUUCCUGCCCUGCUGCUCAGCUGCCUCCAUGCCCUCUCUAAACUGCCGGCUCCACUUUAGGGACAGCUAAAGCAGUUCAUCCCAGACCUCCACCCCAGCUCCAUCUGGCUUGCCCUCACUGUUCUGAGGUAGAGGGGAUCCCAGGGGACCCGUGAGAGCAGGAGAGCCCUGUAGAAGGAUGUGCAGAUGUGGGCGUGCAGUGAAGACAGAGACCCCAAGUAAUAUAUAUAUAUACCUGUUGGCUGUUUUGGCUUCAACCUCAGCCAAUCUGCCUGAAUAAAAGCAGUCAUCUCUGUGCAGUGGCAGGGGCCACAGGGAGAGAGGCAGGAGAGGAGGGUUCUGGUCCCAUCUCAGCCUUCCAUUUGCUGUGUGACUUUAGCCAAGUCACUUUCCCUUUCUGGGCCUCGGUUUUCUUAUUUAUAUAAUUGGGGGCUCUACAGGCUGUGACAAUCUGUGAGGAUUGAGAGGAUAGGCUGGUGCUUUGGGAGAAAGGCCUUGCAAGUGAUAAAGGCAGUCUCCUAAGAAGACAGGGGAAGGAAAUGGACAGUUGCCAUAGAACAGAUACGGGGCAUCCUGGGGAGGGUGUAGCUGGAGUGAGCUGCCGCAGGAUCCAGGGGGUCAGAGGCCUGGCCUGGGAUGGCGCAGGCACAGCAUUGCCUAGGGACAGUGGGAGCAUGGCAAGGGCUGGGGCAGGAGCACAGCAGCUCAGUGGAAUGAGGCCGAGGGCACCUUAAGGUUUCGAGGAAAAGGCUGGGACAUAAGAGACUGACUCCAUGUGUGUGUUUGGGUCUCAGUUUCCCCACUCGUAGUGCAGUGAGGAUGUUGAGUCAGCUAGUCUGAGAGCCUCACCACCUCUGACACCUUUAAUGUGUUGCAGCCCCCCAAAACCAGGCUUUUUGGGGGGGGGUGAGAGAAUAUAGAAGAGGCAGAAUACAGAUGGAAGUUUCCCAAGGCACCACCCACUUUCUCUUUCCCAGCCCUAUUUCUGGGCUCCCCAGCGGGAAGAGGGGUGGUGGAGGCGGUGCCCAUGCUGGGCUGAGCCUGCAGUUUUCGUGAGCUCCAGGCUCAUCUCCAUGGGAACAGGGGGUGCCUUCCCCCUUCUCAGUGAGUUCAUUCUGCCCAGAACACAGGGGCAUGUGCGGGGGAGUCGUGAGUGAGCGCUCCUUCAUGCCAGGCCCCUCCCAGGACAGAGCGAAGCUCCUCGCCUAGACCCCUGCUCCCUUGGACUCCCGAGGGCCAGCAGCGGAAGAGCCCACCCUCGUCCUGCAACUCCUGCAGCCAGGCUGGCCGAGCUCUUCCCCAAACUUUGUUUUCUCUCCUGUUCUCAAUACAUUCUGCCUCGAAUCUGUCUUGCUUCUUUAUUUCUUCCGCGCUCGCUGAAUGGUGCUCAGGGCUCUCUCCCUUCUCCCAGACUCUGGCCUGGGAGGUGGGGCGGGACUGCUCAGUUACUGUGUGUGAAUGUGUGGUGUGUCUCUGGUGCUGCCUGCAUCUGCUGCGUGACUGGAUCAGCCAUGGGUACAGAUGUGUGCUGGCUUGGGAGUGAGGACUGCCCUCUCUCUUCCCUGGAAACUAGAGUCCUGUGGAAAUCACAUAUUUUGGGUUUUCUCCUUCGGAGUUUGGCCAAAAACUCCGUAGAGCAUGAGGAAAACUCGCAACCUCUUAUGGUCCACGUUUGUCUUGAGUUCUUUAAAAGCAGAAUUUAAAUGCCUUUAGCCAGACCAUAGACUUUCCGGUUUGCUCAGGUCCCCUCUUCCUCUUCCUAUAUCCAAAUCUAGCCAUUUUCCAUGUUGUUCAUCACUACCUGCCUCCUGAAAAUACUGAGUUUCUGCCCCUGGUGGAGAGGAACAAACUGCACGGAGAGUCAGAAGAAGUGGGUUCUAGUUCCAGAUCUGCACUUGACUCCUUGUGUGACUUUAGACAACCCUUUCCCAUCUCUGGGCCACAGUUUCCCCUUCUUUGCAAUGACAGGACUGUAUAAAGCAGUCUGAGAGCUAGCUGUGUUUGGUCUCUGAUAGUUCCUGUCUGACUCUGCUCUACCCAUGCCUUCACCCACACACGUACCCUGCUUUGGGGCUAAUUCUGGGUUAAGUGGGUGCUGCUUUCUGAAUUUUCACUCCUUGGAAAUCCAAAGAGUUCUGGUGCAUAUGGUGCAUUGAGACCUUUGUCAGAAAGUGAACAGUUCUGAUUUCCCACAGCCUUUUUGUAUGGUGCACCCCACUUCUUCCCCUGCACACACAGAGUCAGUGCCCAGCUAUGGCAGUUCCCAGCCAUGGCAAUUCCAAUGAGGUCAGACUCUGGCCCAUCUCCAAAUGAUGAAGACCUAGCUGCUCACCACUGCCCCCAACAUUCCAAUCCAGGCUUGAGAAAUAAAUCCUGUUACUUCUACUUGCGGGCCCUAGUCUUCCCCUUGUGGCCACCAAAGGCAGAGACAAUCCUUAGGGAUUUCAGACAGUUAUAGCUCCCCCUGCCCAAGCCUACUCUUCUCCUGGCUGAAGAGCCCUGGUUACUCUGCCUCAAUGCAUGUGAUAGGCUUUGAUCUUGAACUUUUGGCACCACUUCCCACAGCUCAGCUGACGGGAAGGCUUCCCGGGAUGUCUCAGACAAAGCAACUCCCAGUGUCUCUGGCUCACCUAUACACACCUCUGACCCUGGGAGUAAAUGGGGAUGAAUCCCAUGCUGAGCUUUAACUUUCCUACUUGACUGGGGCCUUGGAUGUCUCCAGGAGGUCCCUAAGGGUCACUCCAGCAUUACCAUCCCAUGAAAAAUCUGUUUAGAUGGCUGUACAGCAUUCCUCUUCAGGUUAAAGGGCUCAAAUUCUGAGUCUCGACUCAUCUAGUAGCUGCUCUAUUGUGUGGAGAAAACAAUAACUCUAUGUUGCUUCCUUUUGAUGGGGAGAAAUUAGAUUCUGAUUGGAUGAGAGACUGAGUGGCUUGGCUGUGUCUGAUUACUGAUUGGAUGAGAGAAUGGACAUUAUAAAUGGUUCUAGAUUUUGGUUGGGUAGGAGGCACUGUAUGGACUGGCUAGUUCUGGACUCUGAGGAAUGACUGCUGGUGAAUUUGGAUUGGAUUAAAGCCUAAGCAGACUGGUUUAUUGCUGGAA